ACCAGGUAUAGUGGGCGUAGAGUUUGAACGGUUAGAUUCUAUAAAUAUACUUACUCUUGUUUUCCCCGGAACUAUUUUAUCCUCGCGACUUUCGGUGGUGUUCCCAGUUCAUUGAUACUUGAUCUUGAGAGUGCAGCAUAGGUGUGCUUCGUCUUUCUUCCCUCGCAGAGUAAAUUUUCAAAAGAUGUCUCUCGCUCCAUACGUAUUCCGUGACUGGUGGGACGACCUGGAAUUCGGAAGACCAUCAAGGCUCAUCGACCAACAUUUCGGCUUAGGUUUGAGGAAGGAUGACUUAUUCGCCGACUGGCCAAGUUUGGUGAGGCCCUCCGGUGCCGGUUACUUGCGCCCCUUCAGAAAUCUACUUAGGCAGACCAGUGGAUCCUCAAACAUAACCGCCGACGACAAAAGUGUACAGGUGAUCUUAGAUGUGCAACAAUUUGCUCCCAACGAAAUAGUGGUGAAAACCUCGAACGGAGCGAUCGUUGUGGAAGGGAAGCACGAAGAAAAGCAGGACGAGCACGGGUUCGUGUCGCGGCAGUUCACGCGACGCUACGUCCUCCCCAAGGACGUCGAGAUCGAGAACAUCACGUCCAGCCUCUCGUCCGACGGAGUCCUCACCAUCUCCGUCCCAAAAAAGAAUCCAGCUAUCCCUGGAGGUGAGAAAGUGGUUCCUAUCAUACAAACUCAUGCUCCUGCUCUGAAACCAGCACCACAACCCUCCUCUUCUCCGGCAAGUUCACCAAAUGUGACAGAAAUUAAGGUUCAGCACCAGUAAACGUCUCUUUCAAAACUGUCACAUGGAGCCGAAUAAUGUAACAUCACCCAAUGCAUGCAACGUAUCCAUAGCUGUGCGCAUAUGUAAAACUGCUCGAUGCAAAAACUUUUUCAACUUUUUCUCGAAUCCGUGACGGUUAAAUUUUUCUUUUUGAUAAUAUAUUUAUUUUUUUAAUUCAUUGUAAAUAUAUAUACAACAUUCAUGUUUUUUUGAGUUUUUGAUUAAUAAUUUAAAUAAAAUUGUUGCAAUACUUUUUUAAAACGCGGUGUUUAUUCAUUAGUGCACCUUUGAUUACUUUCUCUCCCUCUCUCUCUCUCUUACAAAUGUACUUGCUGCACUAUACGACUGGUGAAACCGCAGCCAUGCUUCGUAUUUUAGAGAACUUCAGCUCUUUGUCAUGGAAAAAUUGACUGCCUCUAGUGAAUAAAUCUACAACGAGCAAUUCCAAG